AGUUUUUGAGGGUUUUCCUAGUAAUUUUGUUGUAUGUUUUUGACUUUUUUUAGUGAUUUUGUUGUAUGGUCUUCACAUUUUUAUUAGUUUUGGGGUGUUUUAAGUAAUUUUGUUGUAUGUUUUUGACAUUUUUAUUAGUUUUUUAAUUGCCUAUUUAAAUGCUUUUAUUAAUUUUUAUUUCAGCUUUAGUUUGAGUUAUUUUAGUCCAGUUAGACUAAAUUGAAUCAAGAAACCUUCCCUUGGCAACUAGCUGAAAUUUAGGUUUUUCUAGAUUUCAUUUUAUUUCAGUACUAUUUUAACUAAAAUUAAAAUGAGACCAGAAAAUAUAAAAAUAAAAACUAACUCAGAACAUCAGUAUAACAGGAUCUCAGUGACCGUGUCUCGUCUGUGAUUCUGUGGUUCUGCUGUAGACGCUCAUGUUGUCUGGUCUGAAGUCAGUGCUCUGCUUCUCGUCGCUCAUGUCGAGAGUAUGUAGGCCGUGAGUGUGUGUGUGUGUGUGUGUGUGUGUGUGUGUGUGUGUGUGUGCUCGUCAGUGUUCAUUGGUUGGUGGAAGAGUCUGUAUGAACAGGUGGAGCUCGAGGAGCCACUUCCUGUCAGAGAAGAGAUCUCAAGCUUCAGAGAAGUCAGUCGACACGACAGCGUCUGCAGCCUGAAACCUGUGGCCCGUCACACAGAUCCCUAGAGCUCAUCCGUCCGUCCGUCCGUCAGAGACACAGAGAGGGUCAGUGAUGGCGUCGAGGGCAGCGUCCGCCGCGAUCGUCCUGCUCUCGAUGGCACCUGCGUCAGAGGCUGCAUCAACAGCGUACGACCCUCAGAUCUGUUACGCUCUGGACGGGAUUCUGCUGCUGUACGGAGUCAUCAUCACUGCGUUCUUCGUGCGCGAGCGGUUCAACAAGAAGACAAGUAAAGUGGACACAGAGUCUCCGUAUCAGGCGAUUAACACCGCCGGGAAGGAAGUGUACAGCGCUCCGAACCAGCGCAGCGCUGACGAAGCUCGGGGUCGCAGGAGAGGAGGAGACGACACGUACACGCCUCUGACUAAGAAGACGGAUGAAACGUACCGUGAGAUUGAGCCGAAGGGAGACCGCCGGCGUGAUCAGGUCUAUCAGGGUCUGAGCUCCAUGACCAAAGACACGUAUGAUUCUCUGCACAUGCAGCAGAUUCACCCGCCGCCCCGUUAGACGCCGUCGCUCGUCAAACCCUCAUCAGGACACAGUCCACUCCACAUUCCUGAUUCCAGGGCUUCUUUCUUUCCUAAUGGCUCCAGUCAUGUGAUUAUUUUUACAGUAACUGCGUUCAGUUUUUCACUUCAUAAAUGAUGGACUUUCAUAAUGAGCUCAGAGUUUACAUGUCAUACAUGUCCAGCAGCGCUAAAGUCAAAAGAACCGCUCAUUUGUUAACAUUGACAACAUGAACUAACAAUGAACAAUACUUCCACAGCAUUUAUUAUUAGUGAAUGUUAAUCUCAGCAUUUAGUAAUACAUUAUGAAAAUAAAAAGUUUAUUUGUUCAUAUUGUUUAAUGGAGCUGAGCUGACAAUCAUCUGUUGAUUCUUUACUAACAUUAAGGUUAAUAAAGGCUUUAAAAAGUGUAUUUUUCAUUGUUAGUAACUAGUAUUGAUAAAUGAGUCUUUAAAGUGUUACCAAAAAAUCCAUAUAACAGCGUUUGACAGUAAACUGAGUGAAGAGCAAACGUUUGAACAAACAUCAUGUGAUUCAACUGAUUCACUCGACACGCGUUUGUACUUCUGGAGUCUCAUUAGUGUAAUAUCACACACUCUUCUUACUAAAUGAUCUUUAUUCAGUGAUUCCAUAGAACAAUAUUUGGUUUCUUAAAGACUCUUUCAGUGAUCCGUUCUUAAAAGAACCAUUUUAAUAAUCUAGAGAACCGUUAGUGGAAUGAAAGAUUCAUGGAUGUUAAAGAUUCUUCAAUACAGUAUACAGUCCUAAAUAAUGUCUUAUUUUCUUGUGAUUUUGUGGUGAAAUAUGAGCAGGUUUUAUGAGAUUCACUGAGUUUUAAUGAUGUUUAGUGUUUCACACACUCUGUCCUUUAUCACGACUCUUUUAGGAACGUAAUUUUUCAUUUACUCUUUUAAAAACUGAGAAUUUCACUGUAUUUCAUUCGAUUAUUAUUUUUUGUCUCUGUAAUUUUGUCAUUAGCUUGUUAAUAAAAUAAAAUGAUUUUUUUCCAUUGCA